AUGCCCUCUGGCGAAUCCUCGCGCACGGGAGCCAAAUACUCCAAAUCGCCUCCCCACAACAAUAAUGGCUACCUCGACGCCUUCCUGCGCUUCGCCCGCAAGACACACGCCGCGGACUACAUCGGCUUGAGCAUCCUAGUGGUUGGAGAGUUACUGCUCAAGUUGUUUGGAGAGCCCUUCCAUGCGCAAUUCCGUUUGGAUGAUCCGAGGAUUCAGCAUCCGCAUGCUGAGGUCGAGCGGGUGUCGGUUGUUUGGCUCAUGGUGUACGCCGCCGCCCUCCCCAUCGUAGUCCUGAUAAUCUGGGCGAUAGCCCUCCGACCCUCCCUCCACGCCACCCACGUAACAUUCCUCGGCCUCGUCAUCGCCGUGAUCACCACUUCGUUCCUCACCGAUCUGUUCAAAGAUGCCAUAGGAAGGCCGAGACCUGACUUGAUUGCGCGCUGCAAGCCAGAGUCUGGGACACCAAAGAAUGAGAUGGUUACCAUUGAUGUUUGUACGGAGACGAAUCAUCAUGUAUUGCAUGACGGUUGGAGGUCAUAUCCUAGCGGGCACAGCUCGUUUGCGUUUGCGGGUUUGGGAUGGACAGCGCUGUUGCUUGCGAGCCAGACGCAUGUCCUGAGACCGCGAGCGAAUAUGACUGUGGUGCUGCUCUGCUUAGUGCCGCUGCUAGGCGCAGCGCUCAUUGCCAUAUCGCGUCUGGAAGAUUACAGGCACGAUGUCUUUGACGUGGUGUCGGGAUCCCUCUUAGGAAUGGCCAUAACUUACUUCAACUGGCGACGCUACUACCCAAGUCUGCUUAGCAGUACAUGCCAUGAGCCAUACUCGCUCCCGAAUGGCGAUGGACGUACAAGCCCCAACAGUGGCUUCCAACGGAUUCGAGACGAAGAAGAGGGCUACGUACGCGAAUCUGCGCGCUACGACGAACGUAGUUACUAA